UCAGUGCGCUAUGAGUUUCAACUUACCCUUUGGAUAAAUAACACACGUCCCACUUUCCUUAAACAUUUCUAGUAUUAUCUACAAACCAAAAUUCUCAUUGUAAACGGGAAAAGACAAAAUGACCAAAAAGGAUGGAGCCAAGAAAGCGAGCUCCAAAAUCGCUGAGGACGAACUGGACUUGCCCAUAUUCGACGAGGAAACAAAGAAGAUAGUGGCCCAAUGCUGCGAAAAAAAAGUCGUCGGCACCUAUGAAGUCCUGCCCGAAGUCAGCCUUAAGGACAUGGGCUUCACCGAAUCAAAAGAAGUUAUUCGAUAUGCAUUCGGUGCCAAGAAAGGAUUCCUACUUGAUGGAAUCAAUAAAAUGAUAAGCGGUAAGAUUUGUCCCGAUGUGGAGAUCCGAGUGGGCGAUGAGAGCUUCGAGUGUCACAUGCCAGUGCUGCAACUGUGUACAGAGUUCUUUAAGCAUUUCAACCCCACCCAUGUAAUCACCUUGAGUCCGGAGGUGAUCAGUGCCAAGGGGUUCGCGUUGGCCUACCAAUGGAUGAUCAAUCCGCAGGCCAAGCUCCACAGAAAAAACAUCUUUGCUCUUUACAUGGCUGCCAGUUUCCUGGAAAUGCCAGAACUGCUGGCCCAUCUGUGGACUCGCCUGGAUGACCCGAAACUUAUAAACCAGGGAGACGCCUUCCUGCUGUACAUAGAAUCCAUACCACAAAAGGUGCCCUUGCUCCAGGAAUUGAUGCUUGGCCGCAUCCACAAGUUCUUCCUUAUGGCCGUCGCUACCGAGGAGUAUCUGGAGUUCGAUGCGAAGCACGUCUUCGACAUGCUCAGCCACUCCAAUAUGUGUGUUAACUCCGAGAUGGAGAUGUUUAUGAGUGCCGUGCGAUGGCUACUGCAUGAUUGGACCAUUCGACGGGACUACGCCGUGACUCUGAUGCAGGCGAUUCGAUUUAAUUCCAUGCCAGCCUGGUACACAACCGUUCUCAAGGUCAAGCAUACGGACCGUGACUUCCAGGAGUUGCUGUAUAUUCCGGAGAUCCAGUCCAUGAUCAAUCUGGGACUCUCGUUUUCCAUCACCCACAAGUUUGUAGACCCUGCAUCUCCGCUGAAGGAGCCCUUGGGCCUGGAGAAGCCCUUGGAGCGACAGUGGGUCUUCCACCCGAGGGUGCGCCAUCACCACAGGUACGAGUGCCCCAACUGGCGGUAUCUGAAUCUGGAUGUGUUCAACGAGUAUCUGGGAUGGAUUAUCGCUGAGGGGCAGAACUAUUUGGACACACUGGAGUACGCCAAGCCCGGCCAGCUGAUGCCCUGCUGUCGAGUGGCAUUGCAACAAAAAUUCUUAAAUAAAUAGGCCCUGCCCCUGGGGAUAGAGAACCGAUGGACGAUGUGUAUGGUAUGCGGCUCAAAAACACACCCUGGGGUGCCGUAUAAUUGCUACAAAUAAUUUCAUUAGCCCGGCCGGGACGUUUGGGCUUUGGUUUCGCUUUCGCAUUAAGCGUUUCCAAUUAGCUGAAUGGCUGGCAUUUUGCUGAAUUAAUUGUCAACGUUUAUGAACUAAGCACUUAGUCUGUGCGGGAGCUGUUGUGGAUGUAGGUAUGGGCUCUGACUCUGUUUGGGUCUGUUUGUCGAUCUGUUUGGGAGUGCGUGAAGGUGUGUGUGCUUAUUUUUGUCCUUCGCACACAUAACCUGAUGUGAAUACAAAUGGGAAUGCGAGCAAAAAAACUGCAAACAAUCACACAUGCAAAUGUCAAUGCCCCCAGCUGUCGGACACGAAACCGCAAAAAAAGAAAAACAGUUUUUGUUUAAACAACGCCAAAGCCAGCGGAAGCAUUGUAAAGCAUAGGAGAAAAAACAACCAAAACCAAUUGACGGGCAUAAUCAAAAUAUUUUUAUAAAAAACAACACAAUUAACAUUCAGAAAUCAGAAAAAAACCAAAUCAAAAUAAUCGAUUUCAUUACUUUUU